AUGCCUGCAUCUUUUAAAAAUAAAAAACUAAAAAACUUCAGUAAGCAUCGCCGUGAGGUGCGCAUUCCGCAAUCCAACGAGCAUGGUGACGGGACAGGCGCUCAACAUCAUGCCCAGAUGCGCCAGAUCCGCAAUACAUUGUUCGAAAAUUACUAUGGCAAACUUCAACGAUUAGGGGAGUCCGGGGCUGUGCCGUUUGAGAUACAUAGACAACCCCAUCAAGACAGCCUUCACCGAACCACCUCGGACCCAUCAAAUUCUACAGGUCAUGCUGUUCAUCCAGCUGGCCACGUUUUAAACAGUGAAGGUGGGGCCUCGUCGACAGCGUUAGAACGCUGGGAUGAGGAAAUGAUGCUGUUCCGAACUCCAUUGCCGGUUACUUUCUGGAUCAACGACACUGAUCCACUUGCGUCUGAGGUUCGGGAUUACCUGGAGUCGCUUGAUCACACCAUGGUGGAGCCGAUACCAUGGUACCCGAUCAAAAAUAUGGCGUGGCGCGUGCUGGGAGAUAAGGAGGCCCUCCGCAAGCAGUCCAAUAUGCAAGCGCUGCGGCGAUACAUGAUUCGCCAAACUGCCCUUGGUACGAUCUCGCGGCAGGAGGAGGUCUCCAUGAUUCCUCCUUUCUUGCUCGACAUCCAGCCGACCGAUGUUUGCCUGGAUAUGUGCGCCUCUCCAGGGUCUAAGACGGCGCAGAUGCUGGUUGCCUUGGGCCGCCACAAGGUCGUUUCGUGGGAUGUGGAUGACCCCGCAUUGCCUUUUCCCUUCGAUUACGCCAGCGAGGGCCUUAUUGUCGCGAAUGAACUCGACACCAAACGGGCAAAUAUGCUAGUCCAUCAAGUCAAGCGAAUGCAGCUCCUGUUCCCGUUCGCUCUUUUUACGAACCACGACGCCCGAUACUUCCCUGACAUCGUUAUGGAGGGCAACAUUCGUAAUAAGGCGGACUUGCAAAGGCAUUCACCGCUGGAGGAAGAUAGUAAUGUGGGGAGCAUUCUGCGCUUCGACAAGGUUCUAUGCGAUGUGGUGUGCUCAGGUGAUGGAACACUGCGGAAGGCACCACAUAUCUUCAAAAUUUGGUCCCCUCGCGAAGCCAUGAGUCUGCAGCGGAUCCAAAUUCGCAUUGCUCUGAGAUGCUGUCAUUUACUCAAGGUGGGUGGACGUUUGGUUUACAGCACCUGCUCCUUGAAUCCAGUUGAAAAUGAGGCGGUUGUGGCGCAGAUUAUUCACCGAACGAACGGUUCCAUGAAGCUUGUUGAUGCCCGUUCGCUGCUUCCUUUUUUGCAGUGUGCGCCUGGUCUGUCUACAUGGGUUGUUACCGAUGCCAAGGGCAAUGUCGUUGAGCGUCCUAGCCCGUCGAUGCAUGCCGCUCUCUUCCCGCCGAACACACCUGGUGGCUACCAUUCCCCAACCGUGGACGCGGUAGAUUUAAGCUUAUGCAUGCGAUUCCUUCCUAGUCACUGCAACGGUGGUGGUUUCUUUAUCGCGGUGCUGGAUAAGGCCAGGGAGUUUCGUAUUGAGAAGAGAAGGGUUCUCGAGGAAGAGGAUUCACAGAGCUUGUCGAAGGAGGAGGGAUAUACAGAAGGUGAUAAAAGGGUGCCAGCUACAAAACCUGAUGUGCAAGGUAGCGCAACGGCGUACGACGUGCCUCUGACGGAAACCCCUUCGUUAAAGAGAGAGCGUAGCGAGGACUGUGGGGAGGAGGUGGCGUCGUCUUUCUCUGGCUCUGUGUUAAAAGAAAGAAAGAAAAGAAUUCCGCCACAAUUCGUGCAGCCACUCGAAGUGAUUCACGACACCCUUCUCAAUUUCUACAAGAUUGAAAAGUUUCCAGAAGACUUACUGAUUAUGCGUGCUCCCCAUGGUGAGUGUGAAGCACGCGCCGCAACGAGUUCCAUCUGCAGCAUUGUUUCCCAGACGGCACGCCGUGUUCUUGCUCGCAAAACAGACUCAUUGAUUGUCGUCUCUGCUGGCUUGCGAGUUUUUAGCUUCGAGACGCUCGAUAAGGGCUGGCGCAUCGCGAGCGAGGCCGCGCCGCUGUUUGCGAGGCUAAUGAAAGAGUCUCCGAGGCUGCUAAAAGUGUCGCUUGAUUUUGUGAAGAGCAUGAUAUACCGCGGCGGGAAGUUGAAGGAGCUCGCCUUAGAAGACGUGGAGGUUGUAGCGCUGCGCGAGCAUCUAGAGAGAAUUCCUCUGGGGACGGUACUUCUCGAAAUUGAUUGCCCAGAGGCACCAAAUGGGGUCUUCUUUUCGGUAGCACUACGAGCUCGCACCAAGAUACAGCUGCUAGUGGGGCACGAAGAUCUUCCAGGGCUGGAGUUACGACUUGGCCUUGAGCCGCGGGUUGAGGCAUGCGAAUCAUUAUUUACUUAG